UAUAAAAGGCCUUCACUUCAAUCAUAUCAGGAUGAUGCUCACAAAAUGAACCACAAUUCCAAUUUGAAAUACUCUAUGAUGAUUAAUCUAAAAUUAUACUCUCAAACUGCAUUUAGCUACUUGAGUGUAAUAGAAGAAACUUUCAGACUGAGAGUGUUAAUAAUUCUAUUAUAAACCCAUCAAUCUCUCAACUCUCUCUUCUACACUUCCAUAGACAGCUGUCAAUAAAAUGCAAAGUGCUAUUAUUGAA